AUGCUAGCUUCACCUCCCCGACCCACAAUUCAGGCUUUUUUCAAGGAGGGAAUGAAGAGCGCCAACAUUGAAAAACGUUUUGAUAUUCCAUCAGCAUCAGUUCGUACGAUUAAUCAACAAGCACGAAACAAGCCAAGAUAUCCAACUACCACCGAAAACUCUGAACAACCUGAACAUUCGGCAUACAGAGGAAACUCUCAAGAUGCCCGUAAUGCGCAGAAUCCAGAAACCAAUCUGGAACGUUUGAGAAGUCAUAACAAUGAGUCCGUCUCAAAUCAACAACGGUUAGUUCAAAAUUAUCCACGCUUCCCAAGUGAGUCCAACUACCAAUUAGACUCGGAGGUGAACAGAAACAUCAAAAACGCUAUAAGACAACAGAGACCAAUUACAUGCGAACUCGGCGAAGGCAGACAUCCUCUCUUCGCCUGCACAGUGAAUAAGGAUGUACUCAUGAGAUACUGUGCCAUCACAGGGAGAUGUAUGGAAUCAAUGUAUACUGGAGUCUACUCUGUGACUAUAUCUCUGUUAGCAGUACAGUUUAUUUAUCGGUAUUGGGCGUUGUUCAGUCUUAAGCAACUGACAUAUUUCCGUGGCUACAAAUCUCUUAUUUGGGUUGUUUAUUGCAUAUUUUUCGGAGGAAUUUGGUGGACUGGAGCAUAUAGUCUAAUGGAAAUGGAUGACGCUGCAGAAAAAUAUUUUGAAGAAGAAAUGCUCAUUCAAUAUUGUGUUUCAGUCAAAGAAAUUCCAGCGCAAACCGUUUUAGCUUAUGAACCAGAAAGUGGUUUGAUUAGAUGGAAGAGUGCUUUAUAUACACUUUUGAUAAGCUCAAUAAUGGCGUUUCAAUAA